AUGUUCGCCAAAGCCAUCGCAGCCCUCGCCCUCGCGGCACCUCUUGUCUCAGCCCAAACAUUCACAAAGUGUAACCCCAUGACAGCCACAUGUCCUGCCGACCCUGCUUUUGGAAGAGACACUGUUCACUGUGACUUUACAAAGGGUGCAUGUGACGCUUUCGCAGAGGAUGCUGGUACUACCCUUCAGCAUAACGAAAAUGGUGCUGUCUUUACAAUUUCAGGACCUAACCAGGCUCCUACAAUUGCGACGGGCAAGUACAUCUUUUUCGGCCGUGUGGAUGUCGAGGUGCAGGCCUCUACGGGUGUAGGCAUCUGCACUAGUGCUGUUCUUCAAUCUGAUAACCUUGAUGAGAUUGACUGGGAAUGGCUUGGAGGCGAUAACGCUCAGGUUCAGUCCAAUUAUUUCAGCAAGGGAGAUGUUUCAACAUAUGAUCGCGGUGAAUUCCAUCCCGUCGUCAACCCAACAGGCCAGUUCCAUCUCUACUCCAUAGAGUGGACUCCCUCCGCCAUCAACUGGCUGAUCGACGACCAAGUCGUCCGAACCCUCCCCUACACCGAUGCCACUGGCCCCAACGGUUACCCCCAGACCCCCAUGCAGAUCAAGCUCGGAACAUGGACUGCUGGUUCUCCCAAUGCUGCUCCUGGUACCAUCAUCUGGGCCGGUGGUCUUGCCGACUACUCUCAGGGUCCUUUCAACGCUUACUACAAGAGCAUUUCCAUUGUCGACUAUGCUGGCGGUGACGCUCCUACAACAUCGAGCGUACGCGAGUAUAUUUACGGAGACCACAGCGGAAGCUGGAAGAGCAUCCAGCAGAUAAACUAA